AUGUCUCGCGACGAUUUCGAUAUAAGAUCAGAGCCUCGUUCUCACUUGACAAUGCGUGAUAUUCCGGUGCAACGUGACAUGAUCACCUCAAUGCCGCCCUCAUCAACCACCACCGUUGAGUAUCGCACCUCAACAACACCUAAUGAUAAUUUCCAUCAACAGGAAUACUAUCGUAAAGAGGUUAUGACACGAACGUACAUAACACGUUCAAACGAGGCACUAUCAGCGCCUCCACUCUCCAGAAGUUCACCCAUUUUCAUUGAGCACGAACGUUAUCCGUCAACGGAUCGCUAUUAUCCGAACGGACGAGAGGAACGAACUGUCGAUUAUAAUUACAAAUAUGUGAAGAAUAUCGAAGAGGAGGAGAGACGAAUUCAGGACGAUCAAGAGAAACGAAGAUUGGAAGAGGAGGACAGAAGACGUCGUGAAGAGGAAGAGCGCAGACUGUGGGAAAUUAAAGAGAAGGAAUAUUUUGAAAGAACUCGAAGGGAAAGGGAAAAAAAGCAUCGUGAACUCGAAUCACAGCGAGCAGAACGAGAACGUCAAGAGUUCGAUCGCCUUGAAAGGGAGAGAGCAGUUCGCGAGAAAGCCGAAUUGCAACGGCGUGAGGAAUGGGAAAGACUCGAGAAGGAACGACGAAUGUUGGAAGAGAGAGAAUUGGAGAAACGUAGAGCACUAGAGAAGGAUAGACUGGAGAGAAUACGGCUGGAAGAGGAACGCAAGGAACGAGAAAAGUUGGAAAGAGAGCGAAUGGAACGGGAGAGGGAACGUCUCGAGAGGGAAAAGGCUGAGAAGGAAAGACAGGAACGUGAGAGACGAGAACGAGAGCGAAUCGAGACUGAACGACUGGAGAUCGAGAGAAUUGAGAGGAUCAAACGUGAAAGACAGGAGCGUGAGAGGAUCGAGAAGGAGAAGGAACGUGAAGAAGCUGAAAGACUGGAACGAGAGCGUCUGGAGCACGAGAGAAUCGCUAGAGAGAAGAAGGAGUUGUUACGAAUCGAACAAGAGUUGCUUGAGGCUCAGAGACGAGAAGCUGAAUUACAUGAAGCUGAACGUCUUGAAGAAGAGAAUCGAGAAAGACGCCGUAGAGAGCAGGAACGAAGAGAUGCCGAAAUGUUGGCCGAGUUGAAGAGAAAAGCUGACGAGCGCGAGACGCAACGUCGUUUAGCUGAACGGAUCGAGAAGGAGCGAAUCGAGAAUCUGCGCAAAGAGCAAGAACGUCUCGAGUUCGAGAGACAAGAUGCGGAACGCAAAGAACGUCAACGCUUGGUUGGUCCACUCGUUGUUUCCCUAGAUCAAUGUAUAUUAGAUCGAUGUGUAUUCGAUUGA